ACUUUGCACCACGGAACCACACGUUGACGUGCUAAAUUACGUCCGUCUCCAGUGCAGCUGCGCAUAUUCUGCAAGUUAACUACAAAGCGUCUACCAAAGUGUACUGAUUAUAUUUCUUUUGUAGACUUGGAUGGGAUUAUGAAAUUUUAGAAAAGUCUGCUUAUUAGAUUUCAUAAUUUUUCUCUACAAAAUUCGUCUGCUGCUAAGCACUCAAGAUGGAGGUGCUGACAGCAUUUGGAGAUGUUUCUGAUCAUUUUAGUCAAUUAGACUUUGAUAAAAUAAUUUCUGAUUGGACAGACUCUGUAGACAAUUCUGAAAGCUUUAACGAAAAAUUACGAAAUUACAUCAAAAACAACAUUCUUAAAGUACUUCAUCCUAGUCCUGAGUGUGAUCUAAAUGUUGAAGAGCCUAAAAUUGAUACGUACUUCUUUAAACUUUUCGAGGUUUUCAUUUGUGGUAAUAAGGAGACAGAGAAAACUUUCAACGAACUAAAAAACCUCGACAGUCCGUCCGUUAUUUGUGGCAAAGUCUUUAAAACAGGAGAGCCUGUAUAUUCCUGCAGAGACUGCAGUGUCGAUCCAGCUUGUGUGUUAUGUAUCAAAUGCUUUAACAGCAGUAUUCACAAAAAACAUCAUUAUAAGAUAACUGCAUCUUCGGGUUGUGGUUAUUGUGAUUGUGGCGAUCCAGAAGCCUGGAAAGAUGGAGUAUAUUGUUCGCUGCACGAGCCAAAACUAAAGUCUGAUUCAAAUAAGCCACUCGCAAUGGAUAACUUGCCUGAAGAAGUAAAAAAACGAGCUACAGCUAUAUUUCUCUUCCUGUCAAAUUAUAUACUUGAAAUUUUGACUAUAAAAGAAAACGAUUGCCUUCCAGAACGUUAUCAAGCUCUUGCUAAGAGUGAAAACUUUGUAACAAUGUUGUAUAAUGAUGAAAUCCAUACAUAUGAGCAAGUAAUAAGUGCUCUAAUGAAGUCAAUCAAGUGCGAGCAGAAGAGAGCCGUAGAUAUCGCUACGUUUGUUGAUAAAGAGGGAAGGGCAGCUAUAUCCUUCGGCCCAAAAGCUAAUUGUCUCCGUCUGAAAGAAGAAAUUGAAAAAACUACAGCUAGAUCUACUGGUCAAGGCUCAAUUCAACCAUCCCUACUGGUAAAAGUUAUUCAUAAUUCAAUUGUUGCUCAUCAAAUGUUUGCAAUGAGAGCACUCUCGUGGUUUCUAAACAUUGCUGGAAAAUCAGAUGGACUGCUCCAUUUGUUCUGCUCUCUAUCAAUGACCUCACCCGUAACGUAUCCUAAUGCAACGGAAACAAUUAUUGAAGAAAGUAUGUUGGCCGAUACUGAUCUAUGGAAAGGCGCUAGACUUCUUUGCCACGAAUUAUUUAUGACUGGUAUUUUGAAAAAUAUUGACCUUAAACAUAAAUUUAGUAAAAUUUUUGUAAAGGUAUAUCCAAGACUGUGUGCUGAUUUUGUUAUGGACGAUCAUCAUCGUUCCGUAUCAACAAUGAACUUUAGCGUUCAAUUGCUGACAGUUUCCACUUUGGCAAGGAUGCUAAUUCGAGAGGACAACGUUCUUGAAAUUGUGUUAAAGUCUUUCAUAGAAGAAUGCAAGCAUAAAUUAAAAGACGACAAAUUUAAUUUUGAUCGUAAUGAUAGAAGCUCAAGUAAUAAUGGACAACUAAGAUAUCGAAGAGCAUUGUAUAUACUAUACGAUGUUAAAUACUUGCUCAUAACUGUUCCUUCGGAGGACGAAUGGGACAGUGCAUUUUGUCAAAAUUUUAUCAAUGGCCUAAACUAUCUUCUUGACUUGCUAUCUUAUUUACAUGGUGUUGACUCAGUUAAACGACAAACUGGUGCACAUAUUGAAUAUGAAAGUGAAUGGGAAGGAGCUUUUGGCUUACAAAUCAAAUUGUCUGAUAUCUUUGGGCCUUUUCUGGAAUGGUGUAGCGUCAAAACUUGCGUUCUUGAGGAAGCCUUUAAGAGAACUGUAAACUUAAUUGAAUCACAGAAAAAUACACCAUCAGUAGUCUGGAAAACAAUCCCUCUUCAAGUCGCCGGGUUCGAAGACGAGAUUCACGUUGUUGAUUACGAUGUUUCAACGCAUAAAGUGUCAGUCCAUAUUGCUUUACAUAGAUUUCUAGCAGGUCUUUGUCCCGGCCUAAACGCCUACAAUAUCACGUUAACAGAAUUAUUAAGUCGGUCCGAAUCAAGACCUGGCUUAUGCGAUAGUGUUAAAUCCAGAAUUGCAUUACUCCUAGAUCCAGUGCUUAGAGUGCAAGUACUAAUUGCACAACAUAGAGCUGGAAUGUGGAGGAGGAAUGGAUUUUCUUUAAUUAAUCAAAUAUACUUCUAUAGAAAUGUUCGAUGCCGAACUGAAAUGCAAGAUAAAGAUGUUAUUCUUGUACAAAAAAUUGCUGCUGAGUUACCUCCAAAUGAGUUCUUAGCUCACUGCCUAAACAAAUACGGUUUACUUAAUUGGAUAAAACAAGAGUACGAUGAUGUAAGAACAGCACCAAGCGAAGACAGAGUUGUUCAAACCAGUGUUAUUGCUGAAGAGUUUUUUAUAUUAAUUCUGACUAUUUUAAGCGAAAGAUUUACUCCGAAUAUGGGUUGCGUUGAUAAAAAAGACUCUAUUAAGCGAGAAAUAAUACAUUUACUAUGUUCUGGACCAUUGUCUCAUUCAGAAUUGUGUAAAAGUUUGGUUGAAGAUAUCUGCAAUAUGACAGAAUUAGAAUCUAUCGUUUUGGAAGUUGCAGAUAAAAAGAAAAUAUCUUCCGGUAAAAUCGAGUAUUGUUUGAAGCAAGAAUAUUAUGAUUGGUACAAUCCAUUCUUCUAUCAUUAUGGCAAAACGGAACAAACUAAGUCGGAGCAAAGGCAGCUAAAGAGAAGAAAAGAGGCAAAUGAAGAAGAAUGUUUACCUCCACCUAAACCGCCCAAAUUUCACAAAAAUAUGGAGAGUAUUCUUGAGCUUCUAAAAUGUGAUGUUAUGAUUUAUUUGCAAAAACUUGUAUUGGAGAGAAUGGAAGCAAAGAGAUCUAGAUCAGCAUCUGAAAAUCAACUGCACAUUGUUCUUCACCUUAUUGCUUUAAGUUUAUAUGAAGAAGAGAAUGCCCAUAAUGAUGGAAAAUGUUUUGGAUAUGUGAAAAAGGCCGUAUCUGAACCAUCAUCAAUUUAUCAAUUACUUAAGAAGUUAUUAGAUUCACCAAACGUAAAGUCACCACCAAUGAGGAGUCUUUUAACAUUUGUUUUUAAGAAAUUCAUCAUUGUUCGUCACUUGGUAGAUUCAUCAAUUGGCUCAAAGAUAGAUAAAGAUCUCGAAAGAUUUCUUAGCCAGAGCGACAAAGAAAAAACCGAACAGAAAAAGAAGGCUGACAUUGCAGCGAAACGUAGAAGAAGAAUAUUGGAACAAAUGAAUAAAAGACAAAAAGAAUUUAUUCAGUCCAACAUUGAGUUAUUUCGAAAAACUAAAUCAGGUUCACAAGAUGAAAUUAUGGAAACAGAUACUUUAACUACGGAUUCAGAAACUUUUCACGUAGCCCUUGGCGAUGACAGGACCCACAUAACUUCUCCUGUUUCUGUUGUGCGAAAAAUUUGCAUUCUAUGUCAAGAGGAACAAGACAUAUCGAUCUCAUCGAAAAAACCAAUGGUUCUUUGCUCUUAUGUUCAAAAGUCGACUGUUUUAUCUCAAAACCGAACCAAAUGCGUUCAAAAAAUAGGCGCAUAUUACGAAUCCGUAUUCUUUCCUGCAGAUUUAAUAUUAGGAACGCACGUGAGCACGUGUGGUCAUGUGAUGCACGCCGAUUGCUGGCAAAAUUGGUACGAAGCGUUAACUCAUAGAGAUAGAAGACGUAUGGGACGCUUAAGAGGACCUCAUCACUCCAGCUACGAUAUCGAAAAGCGAGAAUAUUUGUGUCCUUUGUGCGAGACAUUAGGGAAUUCAGUAUUACCUCUUCUACCAAAGUUAACCUAUUUUACAUCACAAUCAAGGCAAAAUAAUGCAACAUUUGGUGUGUCAUUGAGUAUGAGUGACUGGUUGGAUGGUCUUCGAAAAACUGUUCAGAAUUCCAUUCAAAAGGAGAGAAGCCAACAAAAUAAUGAUUCUGAUGAAUUUUCAAUAUUUUUUGUUCCUUGUCCUCUGUCAUCAAUAACUCGCCUUAUGGCUGAAAGCGUGGCUAAGAACUUUCAAGCUCUAUUUGAAUAUUAUUAUGAUAUGGAUCCAGCCUUAAGCCUUAAUGAUGAAACAGUCCAGAUGGUCAGCAAAUUUGCACUUGAUGUCUAUAUUCAUGGGUGUGAUGCUGAGGCGGAUGACAAUAAUAGGAAUGUACCACUUUUAACAUGGGUUUCGGCGGCCUAUACAAUAAUGUCAACUGAACACCUCUUAAGAUACAGCAAUCAACCCCUGUUUAGUACCCUUCCAGCACGUCAAGAGGAUUGUUUAGUUAGUAUCGUUAGAUAUGCUGCAGUAGCAACAGUUGUCAUGCAGAAAAAUUUGAUAAAGGAUUACUGCGUAAGACUCUUAUCUGCACUUGUUUGCGAUUCGGCUGACAAACGCUUAAGGAAAACUCCAAGCAUUUUGGAUAUGGAUAUGUUUCAUUUAUUAGUUCCCCUGGUUUUGAGUUUGCCUACCUUAUAUGCAGAGGAAGAUGUUUCUUCUGCUCAAGCAACAGGAGGAACUGAAACUAAAUUUCAGUCGUCCAGAAUCGCAACGGGCGAUUUGAAUUCUAAACAUAUAUUAAAUUUAGUUUUUACUGCACAUGUUGUGCAAACUAUCUUAUCCGCCAGUCAAGAAGAUAUUUAUUGCGGGGAAGAUUCAAUGGAUGCUCAAUCUUCGGAUGAGAAGGGUGAAAAGCUAGCUGAUAUAUUUAUGCAUCUUAGAAAUUUAGCCCAGGUACCUACAAUCGAGGCUAAAUCAUGGAAUAUUGAAAAAUAUAUUCAAAAGGCAGUAAUGCCUUUCUUAAGAUGUUCUGGUUUAUUCUUCCACUAUUUAACAUCAGUUUCGCCACCUGAUUUACUCAAGGAGUUACACCAAACUGAAUCAUCCAUUGAAUUUGAACUGUUAACAAAGUAUCUAGCUUUGCCCCAAAAUCUUGCAGAUCUUUUUCAUCCUGAAGAUAAUGAAGUUGUUCAAAAUUUGUGUAAAAGCUGGUGCACAGACGACUCAAUGAAAGAAACUCUCAACAGAGUAAAUCACACAAUCGUAAAACAUCCCAUCAAAGUAAAUUCAUUAUUCGAUUUACCCGAUGACUAUACCGACGUCAUUAAUAGCGCAUCUACCUUCUCAUGCCCAAACAACAAAGAAGUUGACGAUGCCCGAACUCCUACUAUGUGUUUGAUAUGUGGUCAAAUGUUGUGCUCACAUGGCUAUUGCUGCCAAGAACACUUGGGUAAAUUAAUUGUUGGAGCUGCAACUGCACAUGUUCAAAUUUGCGGAUCUGGCACAGGAAUGUUUUUUAGACCAAGAGAAUGUCAACUAUUAAUGCUAAGCGGUAAAGUUAAAGGAUGUUUUUAUCCACCUCCCUACCUCGAUGCUUACGGAGAAACAGACUCAGGUUUGAGGAGGGGAAAUCCACUAUUCUUGUGUCAGCAAAGGCUAAAGAAUUUAAACAAGCUGUGGCUAAGGCACGGAAUACCCGAGACAAUUGCGCAUAGCCUGGAGGUUAACACUAAUUGGUUGGAUAUUGAAUGGUUUAAUCUGUAA